AUGAGCGCUUCAUUGUCCAAGGAUUGUAGGGAGAAAUACAAUGUUCGAUCUGUUCCCAUCAGAAAAGAUGAUGAAGUUCGCAUUGUGCGUGGAACAAACAAGGGCCGUGAAGGAAAAGUUACUCAAGUUUAUCGUAAGAGAUGGGUCAUUUAUGUCGAGCGUCUUAGUAGAGAAAAAGUUAAUGGUUCCACCGUCCCGAUUGGCAUUCAUCCUUCGAAUGUCGUUAUUACCAAACUAAAAUUGAACAAGGACCGAAAAGAUCUGUUAGAACGAAAGGCUAGGGCUUCCUCGAAGAAUAAGGGUAAAGCGGUCGAAGUUGAUGAGUCUUAA